GUGAAAGGAUGCGGAACGUCAGUGAACACGUUGAGAUGAGCUGAGAAAAACAUGGACGGCGGACAGACUUCUGAGUAUGACAGGUACGUCUGCCUGUGGCGGGCGGCUCGUCGAUUGGAGCAGGCGAUCCAAGAAGAUGACAGCAGCACGGUAGCCACCAUUAUAGCCACCUACGCGCAGAAACUGAUGGUGCAGCAGACGAAAAGCAGGAGCAAUGACAGCGUUCCCGAGGAGGACACCUGCUGGCUGCCGUCGGUGCUGCAGCACCCGCUGCAGCUGGCCGUGGAGGCGUGUGCCCACUCAGUGGUGCGCCUGCUGCUGAGCCGCGGCUUCGACCCGAACACGGGCCAGCUGCGGCCGGGCACCGGCGCCGAGUGGGCCUCGCAGGACGAGGAGGCGCCGCCGCCAGCCGUGCGCUUCAACCUGGCGGGCCGGGAGCGCGCCGACUCGGCCGAGCGCUGUCCGCUCGCCAAGGAGCCGCACCCGCGCGCGCUAGCGCUGCUCCAGCAGAACAGCUCCUUCCUCCGCGACCUGGUGGUGCGCAUCAGUCCGCGUGCGCUCUUCGCCGAGGCUGCAGACGAGUCGCGGCGCGCCAGCGGCGAGGACGCCGAGUCGGUGGCCGAGCUGGUCGGCUAUGGCGCCGACGUGAACGUCACUGACGAGUACGGCAACACGCCGCUGCAUGUUUGCGUGUGCCGCGCGCAGCCGGACGAAGACUGCCUGUACGAGCUGGUGGAGAUGGGCGCGUCCGUGUACCGCGCCAACAACAGCGGCGUGUGCCCGGCGCAGCUGUACGCGCCGCUGGCCGGUCUGCAGGCGCACGUUGUCGAGUGCCUGCUGGGCCUGAUGCGGCGGCUCCACUGCCGCGGCAUUUCUCGGCUAUUCGCGCGCGAGAAGGGCCGCGAUGAGGCGGCCGCUGGUGCCGCUGCCAGCCGUUCGUCGGCCGAGACCAGCCCGCGCUCGGCCCGCGGCUCCGUCCGCAGCCGCACUGGCAGCGUGCGCGGACAACGUGACGACGGCGACCCGGCCGCCAAGACGGAGGGCGAGACGGCCGGCCACAGGUCACACCAGCUGCUGCAGCACCUCCGGCAGUUCUCCUCUGUCGACGGUGCGGCGCCCGAGGAGGACCCCGUCCGCUGCCUGGAUAGCUUGGCCGUGAUCUCACGCAAUCCAGAGGUGCUGUACCACGUGCUUGGUCACCUGCGCUCGGAGCUGACGCCGAUCCUCGACUGGCUGGAGCACGUGACAGACAAGAAGACGCACCGCAAGUUCUCCAAGUUUCUGCACACGGUGAUGAAGACGGCCAUCUGGCACUUCUCGCUGCCGAUGCACCGGCGCGAGCUAGCGCGCACGCUCAGUCAGCUGAUCAGCAUGACAGCCGAGAUGGUGCAGGGCUCGCAGGACCUGCAGUUCACGGCGCUGACACUGAUGAACCGCGUGGUGGACGAGACGGUCGCGCGCGCCGCGGCCGCCGUCGUGGCCGAGGCUGAGAGUCGCAGGGACAGCCCGGUGCCGACUCGGCCUCCUGAGAGCCGGCGCGGACUCUGGCACCAGCACCUGCUCGACGCGUCGGCCGGCGCCGAGCGCACCCGCCGCUGCAUGGACGAACGCGAGCCGCACAUCACCGACGCGCUCUGCAAUGUGCCGGCGAGAACGCUGGUCAACGUGCUGCACAACGCCAUCACGCUGCAUAAACGGAUCGUCAUGGGGAAAAAGCAGCGCUGCACGCCCAGUGUCAGGGUGCAGGAGUGCCAGCCGCACUGUCUGCAGAUCCUAAGCUCCCGCCUGCUGCUCUUCCUCUCGCACCUGAGCUCGUAUCGAGUCUCGCUGGUCGAGGAGACCCAGCUGCGGCUGCUCGUCUCGUCGCUGGACACCACGCACGACCCGCAACUGCUCUGCCUGUCGCUGCAACUGAUGGCCAACCUGGCGCUGGACCCGGCCAACCAUGACGCCCUGCUGGCCACCGAGCUGGUGGACAGCCUGAUCCAGCUGAUCCUGCCUUCCGACGAGUGGUACUACACCAACCAUAGCACGAUGUUUGCUCGCUUUGUCAAACACCACGCUGCCAGAGUGAUGGUCUACAUCGGCCUCCAGAACAGAAUCAACCAGCGGACCAGCGUCUUUGACCUGCUGCAGAGCACGUCGGACGGCGCGUCCCGGCGGGUGUCGCUGACCCAUCUCCGGGUCACCGGAACUGAGGCGGCGCCGGCGGUGGCGGCGCACCGCCACCGCCGCCUGAUUGGCAUGUAG